AAUCCGGAUGUUUUGCCUCAUAAUGAACUGGUCUAACUCUAUUUGUGCACCUGAGACUAAAGGAAUCAGUGCUUGUUAAAUAAACUAUUAAAUUCAGAGUUUAUCAGCCUGUGAAGAGUCUUGGCUGUAUGUUGAAGUUAAUGACUGCUAGCUCCUGUUGUCGCUGAAGCUAACCUGACGCUGAGUGGAGAACAGAGGAGCCUCCAAACAAGCAUGAACAGGCAGAGUUAGGACAUUUCUCCCUAAGGGACUGUGUCCUGCAGGAUGCUCCGAGAGUCGUACCCCUUCGUGGAGGACAGUUUCAGCCGUUUCCCGUCGCAGAGCAACAUUUACGGGCUGUGUCAGGCCGGGGAGCAGGAGCUGCUGGCCGCCACUCUCAAAGGGAAGGUGGUGUGUUUCAGGUACCAGGAGCUGCAGCAGAAGGUCCGACCUGUGGCCAAAGAAGUCCAGUUCACCUACAUACCGGUUGAUGCAGAGAUUGUAUCAAUUGAUGCCUUCAAUAAAUCUCCACCCAAAAGAGGCCUGGUGGUGGGCAUCACCUUCAUAAAGGAUUCUGGCGACAAAGCCACUCCAUUCCUGAAUAUCUACUGUGACUAUGAGCCCGGCUCUGAGUUCAACCUAGAGUCUAUUGCACAAAGCUGCCUGAAUCUGGAGCUGCAGUUCACACCCUUCCAGCUCUACCACACAGAAGUGCAGUGUGCCGACGGAGGCAGUGAGACAGUGUUCCUGCUCAGUGGUCACGAUCAGAGGAUCCACCUGUACAAGGAGAAUGCCUCCCUGCACCAGUUUGAAGAGCAGCCAGUAGAGAGACUCUUCCCUGAACUGCAACAGCUGCCCAGCAAUGUGUUAUGGUUGGAUAUGUUGAGUAUAGCUGGCGGCCGGAGACUCUCAGCGUUCGGUUGUCAGAACGGCUGUCUUGGACUGGCUCUGGUCAACCAAACUGGACCAGAGAUUUUGCAGAGCUGGCGGGUCCAGUUUGACAGUCCAAUCUCUACAGUGCUGCUGUUCCCUCUGAGCUGCCAGACUGAGUGCAUCCAGCCCAGUGGAGAGAAAAGCAUGGAAAUGGAAGGCUACAACCUCCUUGUAACCAGUAAUAUAGAGAUGGCAGUGAUCUACAGAGACGUCCAGGAGCGUGGUUUGUCUUGGUCUACGUGCCUCUCAGAAAGUGACCAGUGGGACGCAGUGCUGUGUGCUCUGGUCAUUGAUCUGGAUUUUGAUGGACAGAAGGAGGUGCUGCUGGGAACCUAUGGACAGGAACUUCUUUGUUACAAAUUCCAGCCGACAGGAGGCAGACAUGAUGGACAGUUUCAGCUGCAGUGGAGGCGGAGCUUCAAGAGUCCCUUGCUGUCCAUCAUCUACUUGGACCUGACUGGUGAUGGUUUGAGAGAGCUGGCUGUCCUCACACUGAAGGGACUGCAUAUCUUACAGCACAGUCUUACCAGCACCGCUGCUCUGGUCCUUCAGCGGCUCGCCCAGAGGGUGUCAGCACUGACGGCCAACUCUGAGCUGGAAUCAGCAAAAGCUCAAAACACUGAGGAUGUGCCAGCUCAGAAACAGGAGUGUACAACUCAGACACCAUCAAAUUAAUAAAAAUAUGGCAGUUUGUUUCGACAUGUAAGUCCCAGCGGCUCAGACUGUUUCAAGUGUUUUUCUUAAUUAAAGGUGCAAUGUGAAGGACUUUGUCAGGGCUUCAGAUUCCUGAUGGGUUAUAAUGAUGACACCACAUUUGCUGUACAAAAAUGAACUCCCUGCUUUUUAGUUUUAACUGAAUGUGGCUAGUAGUAAAGAAGAAAUGUGAGCAUAGGCCAAUGAUCAGCCUGGCUGAUUAUUGCCUCUCUUUAUCUGUAAUCAUUCUGUGGUAUCUUGUGCUUGGAAAAGUUGCCGGCCUCACCAGAAAAUGUCACGGGAGAAAGAUUGUCUUGCAUUAUCUUUUCACAUAGUCUCCUUUAAUUUCAAUGCACUUGGUUCCCCAAUAUUAAAGCUUCACCAUCCCUUUGUGGAAGGUCACAUUAUGGGCCUCGAAAAACUCCUCAACAGCAUAGAUGACUUCAUCAACACUCUGAAAAUGGCAACUACGCAGGUGGGAUUUUAGUUUGGAAAACAGAAGUCAGAUGGUGCAGGUGGGGGGAGUAAGGUGUUUGAGGCAACGAUUCAGGGCUAUAUUCGGCUGCUUCUGCCUGCUGUACCGUGUGGACGGGCACGUUGUCAUAUAGCAACAGCUGGAAGCUUUCCCCUCCUUUUUUCUUUGAUUUCUUUAAACAUUUGAGUUUUUGUGGACAGUGAUAUAAAGCCCCAGAAUAGGACUUACUCUCCUUGUUUUGUGGGUGAGGGUGACAGCUUUUUGAAGUACCCUUGUAAUGCCCCCCUACAGCACUGAUUGGUUACCUGUCACCAGUAAUAGACAUUUAUCAGACUGGUAAAUUUAAAAAAUUAAACAGAUGGAAAACAUGAAUAAACAAAGUCCUUUGAA